UGUAACUCUGCGCACAGCGAUCCGGUGGGCCUGAGGUCGUAGGAUUCUGAAUAACCGUAGACCGCCCCGUCCCGCCCUCUUACCUCUCUCCUCCCCCUCUUCCCACGCCAGGCGGCCGAUCUCCUCCUCUUUUCUCUUUUUUAAAGGUCCAUCCCCCGAGACCCGAGACUGACCCCGUCUCGCUCCCACCUCAAGCUUCGCCCCGCCUACCACGCACACGACGGGGAGCCUCGGAACCCCUCGACACGACCAACCCCUCUUAACAGAGUCAGUCCCCCGCUGCCGCUCCUCGCCCCAGCGUACCCGUCGGCGCCGCCGCCGCCCAUGGCUGGAAUCAAGGUGGACGCGUACGCGGACAAGCCGGCGGCCGACGACGUGCGGGACGUCGCCGUCCCCCGCGGGUGGUCGGCGUGGUUCGGCGGCCGCGACGUCCGAGUCGGCCGGCGGAUCACGACCCGGAUCGUCGCCGGCGACUCGGGCGACCCGGACAGCGGCUCCGGCAGCGACGACAUCCUCACCAAGCAGAUCGCCGAGGAGGCCAACUGCGCCAUCCAGUACCGCACCUGCAGCUGGCAAAAGACCGCCGCCCUGCUGUUCUCCGAAUACAUCUGUCUAGCCAUCAUGAGCUUCCCCUGGUCCUAUAGCGUCCUGGGGCUCGUCCCUGGGCUUAUUCUGACCGUCGUCCAAGCUCUUCUGGUCUUGUAUACUUCAAUUGUGCUCUGGGAGUUUUGCUUGCGACACCCCGAAGUCAGAGAUAUAUGCGAUAUUGGCCAGAUGCUCUUCUGGGGCCAGAAGUGGGCUUGGUACUUUACGGCAGUCAUGUUCCUCUUGAACAACACCUUCAUUCAAGGUCUCCACGUCCUCGUCGGAGCCAAGUAUAUCAACACCAUGAUCUACCCUGAUACUAGCGCCGCCUGUCAAACCGUGUCUUACGGCGCCAUCGUCGCCGUUAUCUGCUGGAUAUCAUCUCUGCCCCGUACUUUCAGCAUGCUAUCCAAGCUCGGGUCCGCAUCGGCCCUGUUCACCUUCAUCUCCGUCAUCCUAGCUACUAUAUUUGCUGGUGUCCAGAGUCACCCUGCCGGGUUCAGUUCCGAGCCGAGCACUACGAACCCGAAGUUGCCUUACGGGGAUCCCAUCGUCACAGCCAUUCCGAUUGCCGGCACUACAUUUGUAGCGGGUUUAGGGGCGUUCCUUAACAUCAGCUAUACGUUCAUUGGACAGAUUACUCUGCCUAGUUUCAUUGCCGAGAUGCGCGAGCCAAAGGACUUCCCCAAGGCUCUCUGGGCGUGCACCAUCCUCGAGAUCAUCGUGUUUAGCAUCGUUGGUUCGAUCACAUACGCAUUCACGGGCAACCAGUACAUGACAUCGCCCGCGUUUGGUUCUCUGACGCCACUCUUCAAGAAGAUUUCGUACUCGUUCAUGGUCCCCACAAUCAUCUUCCUCGGUGUCCUGUACGCCUCGGUAUCGGCUCGAUUCGUUUUCUUCCGAAUUUUCCAGGAUUCGCGCCAUAAGAACGAACAUACCGUCGUCGGAUGGGCAGUCUGGGCGCUGAUAUUGCUCGUUACGUGGGUCCUCGCCUUCGUCAUCGCCAACUCGAUCCCGUUCUUCAACUCUCUCCUCGGGCUCAUGUCCUCCUUAUUCGACUCAUUCUUCGGCUUCAUCUUCUGGGGCGUCGCCUAUUUCCGCAUGCGGAGGGCCGAUGGAGCCGUUUCGCUCGUCGGAGACGGCUCGUUCCGCGGCUGGUUUGAGGGCAUUCUGAACAUCGUAAUAAUACUAACGGGAUUUUUCUUCCUCACGGCUGGAACGUACGCGAGCGUCCAGGGCAUAGUUGACGAGUUUGCCAACGGGACCGUGGGACGAGUGUUCCAGUGCGAGAGCAACGGGAUUUAGGAGGCAUUCUAUGUACUUAAUACCGAUUUUGCUGCUAGGCUAGAGAUGUCUAGAGGAAGGGAUGCUGAUGUAUACGAAACGAGGACGGGCACCUAGGAAAUGUUUGGGGUACAUUUGGGGCAUAUUCCGGGCGGAGAAAAAAAGGGGCAGUAAUAAUAAAUCAUGUCAGUCCAAAGAUUUAAAGGGAUGUAAUAUGAUAUAGAUUGGAAUUCUUAACACACGCUUGC